CAUGUUGAAUAUAAAGUUUGAGUGGUUAUCCCUUUAAAUGUUUACGUUUUCUUUCACGCUACAAUAUAUUCCGUUUUCUCUUUCAGGAUCCGGAGGGACACGAUAGAAUCUGCUUCAAAAAGGUCGCCGUUGUUGAGGACUUCUUCGAUAUCAUCUAUAACCUCCAUGUGUGUAAGGAUGGCAAAGAACAAAAACACAUGGGACAGAAAAGGACUUAUCGGGCUGUAUCAGAGAGGUAUGCCUUCGUGCCCCGGGAGGCGGUCACCAAGUUCCUGGUAUUGUGUACGGAGUGUCCCCGGCGGUCAGUGGGCGUGCACGUGGGUCUGGGUGUGCCCCUGGGUGUGGCCAACCUGCCUGUGCCCCCACCCUCUAUGCCAGUGCCCACCCUGCCCCCACCACCACCGCCUCCUCCACCACCAACAUCUCUCAGUCGCCACCCGGAGGAGGCACCGACGACAGAGGAGUCUCACUACCCUUCAGCUCCCAUGGUCCACCUCAACAACCACCACCACCAUCCCCACCACCAUCACCCUCUCCAUCACCACCACCACCACCACCACCCACACCACCAGCAGCACCACCAGCCACCGCUCCAACACCACCACCACCAACGCCAACAGACACACCUCGAUCAACAACAAAAACAUCAAGAACAGCUGAAGCACCAUAAACUAACGAAGCACCAACAGGAGAAGCAAGAACAGAAACAGAAGCAACAAGAACAACAACAACGGGAGCAACAGGAGGAGGAGAAGAGAAAGGAGGAAGAGGGGGAGGAAGAAGAAUGCCGGUAUGAUAAACGUGUUAGCGCCGUGAGUCAUGAGCUGGACUACAGGGUGCCCUUCACCAGCAUCUACCUCAAACACUGCUCCUCCGCCCUCAACAACAACAACAACAUUCAUCAUAACAACUUCAAUCAUGUUUGGAAGGAUCUGCCGAUUAUUGCGGAGUCUGACGGCAGUGAGGAUGAACUGAAGAAUGCUGAGAUGGAGCGGAAACUUGAGGUGAGGAAUCCGACGGAGUGGACGCCCUACCAGCAGCAGCCUCUAGGCCUCUCCCGGAACGACGUGCAGAGAAGGAGCCCGUGUGCGUCGCCUUCCAGGGUACGUGCCACCGCCACUCCCCUGGACACUGCCAGCAACGCCGAGGACACCUCCAGUAACGGCAACAAGGACGAUAGGGACGACGAUGCCGACGACGACAACGACGAUGACAAAAUCGACGCCCAGUACGACCCAGAGCGACUUAAAGCCUUUAAUAUGUUCGUGCGGUUGUUCGUGGAUGAGAACCUCGACCGCAUCGUGCCCAUCAGUAAACAGCCCAAGGAGAAGAUCCAGGCUAUCAUCGACGCCUGCGCACGACAGUUCCCGAGGUUCGCCGACAACCAUAAGAGGAUCCGCACCUAUCUCAAAAGUUGCAGGCGAAACAAGAGAACUCGAGACUCUAAUGGAUGGGAGACGCCAUCUCGUCCCACACCGCCUCACCUCACCAGCAUCCAGGCAGAGCAUUUGGCCAAUGCCUGUGAAAAUGAAGCCCAGAAUGCCAAGAGAAUGAGGCUGGGCUUGGAACCCAUAGCCCAGCCCAAUCCCCUUAACCCACAGCCUCCCACACCGGUGGGACCAGAAAAACCCUUAUCCUUGGUGGACACAGUGGUCAAGACAGAGUCCAAUGCACCACACGUAUCUGCCCUUGGCAAGGCCCUGGAGCGACCCAUGACAGACUCCAAAGUUAUGAAUGGGUCCUCCAUGUUCCAGGCAUCAUUCCAACAAAGUUCCAAAAGUGACCUCACUGACUGGGUCGACGGUACACACUCAACCAGGUCUUACUCCUCUCCUGGCCACUACCUCUGCCCCCAUGUUAGCAAAUGCCAAGCCAACACGGCCAGCUCCAAUGCAGUUGAGGUCGCAGCAGUACGACAACUCAUCACAGGCAGCUGCGAGUACGCCUUCCUGCUAAGGUCGGCCGAUGAGCUGGAAAAUUUACUGAUUCAUCAACAGAGUCCAUAGUGUUUAUAUAAUGUCUGAAUGUGUAAAUGUGAAGACUCCGUUGUGUGUUUACGGCGGACUAACACGUAUAUGUGAAUUUGCUGAGUAAUGGUUGUCUUAUUGCUGCUCACUCUAAGAUGUAUAAUGGUACAAUUUCAGUGUUUUAUAAAAUAGUAGUAAGAGUAUUUAUUUAUCAACAUUUAAGUUUGUCUCUAUAACUCAAGUCUGUAAGGUAAAAGCAUGAAUGUGAAAAUUGCUGGUGCUGUCAAUCAUGUCCAGUCACUGUAUAAAUCAUAAAAAUUGUUAGAAAGUUAUUAGGUUCUUUGUACUGCCUUGAAAAUUUUUAGGCAAUUAGCAGUUUUCUGUUCCUACAUUGUGGAAAAUUAUAUUGCAUAGAGUUCUCUAGAGAAUUUUUUGUCAAGUUUACUAUGGAAGUGCCUCUUCACCUUAACUUAGGGUUUUAUUCGUUAGAUGUACUCAGGUGAAUAAGAACAAUGACAGGAAGCUAACAGUUGAUGCACACAACCUGUGAACUUAACAAUUUUCUUUGGAUAAAAAUUAUCUAAAAAGAAAAGUCUUUUUGAAAUAAUGAGAAAAAAUUAUCAGUUUGUGCUAAUCAAAAUUUUUUAUUCUAUCAGUGAGUCAGUCCCUCAAGGAUUGGUAUUCUUGGUGACUGAAACAGAUAAAAUAUAUUAGCAUGUGAGUUUGAAAUUUGCAGUGAUGGUACUAAGCUAGUAGUUAUUAAGCUUUUUUAUCUGCAUGUGUCUGUUGGUUUGAGUGCAUCUCCUGGACAAAACUCAGUGUACAGUUUAGCGGGAUUUUGCUUAGGAACACAAAAGUGGCAGAAAGGUUAGUGGGUAGAUUAUUUCAUAAAUUCCCUUGACUUUUCCACAAGUUAUGAAAUAUGUUCUCUAACACAAGAAUCCCAAGAAUGUAUUAUAACAUCAAAAGAUGGUGAAUAAGAGCUUAAAUUAGUUUUCAAUUGUACUUACCUUUAAUGUUUAUAAGUAUUUACAUACUGUUUCUAUUGGGUCUAGGCUGUUUGUAAAUAUUUACUUUGUGU